AUAAGACACGUGUUUGAGUAGUUGCACGUGUUGUUGAUGUAGUGUAGUGCUUUCUCAUCGAAUUUUUUUGUGUUUUCAACGUCUUUAAAGAAUUGCAAGAUAUUAGAGAUGAAAACUGCAUCCGGGAAAAGAAAGUCGUCUAAUCGAAGUGACGUUGACGGUAAACGUGCCAGAGAUUACAAAAGCUCUGAAGGAGAGUCAGAUGUAAAUAAUUUAUCUGAAAAGUCCAACGGAAACACGAGGGGUCAAGUAGUCGAGUACGAUUCGCCACGUGCCGCAAUGUCUUCCCUUCUAAAACCCCACAAACUCGAAGAUUUCUUUAGUUGUUAUUGGGAAAAACAGCCUCUGGUUGUCAAACGUUCCGACAACAUAGGUGCACCCCCGAAUCUGUUUUCUAAGAACAUUUUACUCGACUUACUAAAAGAACACGCAUUGAAAUUUGUGGAAGACAUAAACGUCUGUCGUUACGUCGACGGAGCGAGAAAGAAUUUGAACGGAAAAGGCAGAAUAACAGUUAAAAAGGCACUGCACUUGCUGGAGAAAGAAGGGGCGACCUUACAAAUCCAUCAACCUCAGCGAUUUGUAGAUGAAUUAUGGAAGCUAAUGGAGAAAUUAGAAUGCUUCUUUAAGUGUCUGGUCGGCGCUAACGUUUACAUAACUCCUCGCAAUUCGCAAGGUCUCUCUCCGCAUUACGACGACGUCGAAGUUUUUAUAAUUCAGUUAGAAGGAUGCAAAGAAUGGAAACUGUACAGACCGCCUGUCGAACUUCCUCGGGAAUACAGCAGCGAUCUGACGCAAGAAGAAAUCGGCGAGCCAACACACUCCUUUACUCUUUACCCUGGUGAUUUAUUAUACAUGCCGCGAGGCACUGUCCAUCAGGCAAGAACCCCGAGCACUUCCAAAGACUGUUCCACCCACGUUACAAUUAGCACUUAUCAAAAACAUACCGUCGGAGACUAUUUGAUGACAAUGAUGCCUAAAAUAGUAGAGGCGGCCAUGAAUGAAUCCGUAGAAUUUCGUCAGGGCAUACAACUCGACUCGCGUCCUUUUGAAGUCAAAAAGGAAAUUGUAAAGUCGUUAUUGGAAAAGUUACCGGAAGUUUUGGAGAAUAUGGAGAUGGUCCCGUCUUGCGAAAAGUUGCAAGACUACAUGAAGUUUCGACUUCCGCCGUUUGGCGUGCGGCAAGAAGAAGUAUUGGAGAGCACGCCAGAGGGAAGUCCUCCCCGUAUAAAAUCUUUAGUGUCCUUAAAAUAUCCGGACCACGUUCAUUGUAUUUUAUCUGAAGACGAAGAAGACGAUGACCUUUCCAAGUACUUGUUUGUAUACUCUUCUGUUAUGAACGAUCGAAGCAGGCACAUGAUGAGCAGAGGUGACGAUGAGGACGAGAUCGAACAGAUCAACAGCACUUUAAAGUUUCCGCCUCAUUACGCAAAAGCCCUGGAGCAAUUACAGGAACGUGUGGAGAUGCGUGUUUCCGAUCUCGAGCUUCCCUCCGAAAGCGACAAACUGAAUUUGGUCACAACACUGUGGACUCAGCAUCUUAUUACAGUAGUCGACAGUUCUUGAAUAUUAAAGCAGAUCCGAAUUUUGUAUAUAAUUGUGUUAAAUGGAAAACACUCGAGUAUGUUACUGUGCAUAAAACACACAUGGUUUUUAAUUUGUUAUACAAUAAAUUGU